AUGGGAGGCAGCGCGGCGGGGCGGGGUGACCGCCGCCGCUCUAAAGGCCGGGGCUGGCGCUGGCAGGGCUGUUCGCCUCGGUGCCCCCGCCAGCCCCCGAGCAUGCAGUGCUUCCCCAGCCUGGUGCUGGCUCUCAGCUCGCUGCUGGGUGCCCUGGCGCUGCUGCAGCUCUCGCUGUACCUGCGGGUACCGUCCCGCUACGGGAAGCACGAGGAGCGGCUGUGCCGGCCGCGGGGCCGGGUACCGGCGCGCUGCGCCUGGUUCCUGCAGGAGCUGCCCUCCUUCCUGGUACCCGCGCUGCUGCUGGCGCUGCGCAGCCCGCCCCGCCUCGAGCCACUCGGCUGCCGCCUCCUGUGCUGCCUCUUCUGCUGGCACUACUUCUACAGGACAUUUAUUUACCCCUUCUUCACUAGAGGCAGACCUUUCCCACUGCAGUUGCUUUUCUUUGGCACGUUAUUCUGUAUCUAUAAUGGCUUCCUCCAGGGGUACUACCUGAUUUACUGCGCUGAAUAUCCAAAUGACUGGUGCACUGACAUCAGAUUUACAUCAGGCCUCCUCUUAUUUCUGCUGGGAAUGGGAAUCAACAUUCACAGUGAUCUCCUGCUGCGCCAGCUGAGGAAACCUGGGGAAGUCACCUACAAGAUUCCUCAAGGGGGACUGUUCACCUAUGUUUCUGGAGCCAACUACUUUGGAGAAAUUGUGGAAUGGUUUGGUUUUGCCAUAGCAACCUGGUCCUUACCAGCCUUUGCCUUUGCCUUUUUUACUCUUUGUUGCAUCGGGCCACGUGCUUAUCACCAUCACAGGUACUAUCUCAAGACAUUUACGGACUAUCCAAAAUCAAGGAAAGCCUUAAUUCCCUUUGUUUUUUAAUGAUGAAAAUAUGGACUCUGUGUUCUGUUUUUAUAGGCCUUUUUUCAAUUCCUAGUUUUAAUGUUAGGUCUGAUUAUAAUUAAUUGUACAAAUGAUAACCUGGGUUUGUAACAGACAAGAAGGUAAUUUGGAACUAAAGUUUAUGUUUUUAGUUACAGAGGAAAUUGCAAAUAGUUGUGGGGAAAGGGACUCCCCAAACAACAUGUUUGUUUUCAGUGGAGUUCUGCCUACAGAAAAUGGAUAUAUAACUGCACUGACAUCAGACAAAAAGCAUUUGCUAGAAACUCAUGCAGAAAAGUAUAAAGUAAGUCUAUGACUUCAGAGAAAGUCUUCAGCAGCCACUCCAAUGUAUAGCACUUCUGCAGCUGCUUCUUCCUGCCUCUGUGCCACAGUACAUGUGCCCUUGCCCUGCCAGCACUGCCCUGGGUGUUGCCACACUUUAAACCAGAGUAGUGGUCUCCUUUGCCAGGAAAAUAACUCAGAAGUUAAUUCUCAUCCAAAAGCCAGUUUAGCUGUCAAAACUAUAAUGCAACUAGAGGAUACCUGUGCCAGCACAAGGUUGGGAGCAGUGUGCCAUGGCACAGAGGUGAUGCAAAGUACACUGAGAUGAAUGUAUCUUAAGCUGGUACUCACAAGCACAAUGUCUGUGUUCCUUUCUUAAGCAAUACUCUCCUCACUGUCAGAUGAUUAAUCUUCAGCCAUCAGGUUUGGAUUUUUAAAUGUACUUGUUAAAGCAAUUGCAGCUCCAUUAGGAUCUUUUUCUUUUACAGAUCCAAAGCUCUUUUCAGCUUAAAAAUCUGUCCACUCAAACCCACCCAGUUGUUAUUCAUAAGACUUGAGAUGGUGUUAUAUGACAAAAAUUGAAACAAAUAAAAAGCUCUGUGUUGAAGAAAAUGUUCUCCAACACUGGCAGUACAUUUUGUCUAUGGAGAACAUUUUCUGAUACUUACUUUAGGAAAUGGUACAGAGAUAAUACCGAAUUUUCAGGAAAAAAAAAACCCAACAAAACCCAAACAGGUUGUCUCUUCUUAAUUUCAGAAUAUAGUUGGGAGCUUUCCCAAAAAUGUCAUUAACCCUAAUGGGAAGAGAUAUUCCCACAGAUGCCGAUAGUUUUAGUUACCCUUUAGAGCAUAAAAUCCUGCUGAGAAUUAUGCUGAGUAGCUGGAAAGAAAAAGACCAGACCACACAUACUAAUCAUACAAAACGUACCGCCUGCUGCUGGAGUAAGCUGACUGACUGUACACAGUUUUCUACAAAAUACAAUAAAAUUUAUGUAAACUACG